UAGGUGGCAGCAGAGAAUCACAAAAGCAGAAUUCAAACCCAAGAAGAAGAGGGACAGCUGCAGAAAUGGGAGAGACGCCGUUACCUUGGCGACCGCCACGCUCUUGUGAUGUUUACUGGGCCGAAUUCGGGCACUGCAAAAGUUUACACCACCGUUUCCAUCACUACUACACAUACGGCACGUCGCCCGUCUGCCUGCAGUGGAAAAACGACUACGAAGCUUGCAGAGAGUGGGAGAGGAACCGCAGUCCACACGCCAAGGAGAGUCUUCAGAUGAGCGAAAGGAAUCGAGUGUCUGAACAGAAGAACUUGACUACAUUUUGGGAGAUGAGGCAAAAACCACCGGCUGACUGGCAUCUACCACUUGACGAGGACAAAAUAAAAGAUUCUUGAAAGCACGAAAA